AUGUCAGUUCAAGCUAUUGAAAGUUACGAAGAUUUCCAAAAGAUUAUCAAUGGAGACAAGAUUGCCGCUAUUGAUUUCUGGGCAACUUGGUGUGGUCCUUGCAAGAUGAUCUCUCCUCUUUUCGAAAAAUUUGCAGGUGAAGCUCCAUCUGAUCAAAUCGCAUUCUACAAAGUUGAUGUUGACGAACAAGAAAAGAUCUCUCAAGAAGUUGGUAUCACCGCAAUGCCUACCUUUGUUUUCUUCAAGAACGGUCAAAAGAUCACCCAAACUGUUGGUGCCAACCCUCAACAAUUGCAAGCCGCAAUCAAACAAGUCGUUUCCGCUUAA